UUUUUUCCGUCCACGGGUACCGACCCGUCCACGACCCCGGACCCGAGCGACCCGUGCACCAAUCAUCCCGAAGACGACGCGUGCUUCGCUGUUUCGACGGGCCUGUGAUAGGGCCGCCGCAGGGGCCCUCGGUGUGACGCAUUUUUCGAAAUACUGCAAAGCUAUGGUUCUCAGAUCUUCAUCUACUUAUCUAUGGUUCUCUUGUAAAUGUUCACAAUUUGGCCACACAUUAAUUGCUUCAGGCAGCUAUAGGAUCUUUUUUCUUUUUGCGCUUCCCGCACUUAUUUCUAAGUUCGAAAACUAACGGUAACCACGAAAUACAAGACUCUUUCCACGUCCAACAUCAGUUGAUCUAUGAAUAUAUUAUCACAUUCAUGCACUUCACAACCUGCUCUAACUUGUUUGCAUCGUUGCAAGAAGCAUUUCCUGUUCGACUAUAUUACAAUACAACUUACGUUUACCCACAUGGUAUGACAUGCCUUUACGCUUUCCACCCAAUGCUCCCGGGCUGGUUACUUACAUAACCUGUAUUAGUCGUCCGCGCUCCGAAAAACGCGUUCUCAAUUUUACAAGAGUUGUAUUGGAACUACACGUUCUUAGGGAUCGCUAUCGCUACCAUGAUCAAAGACAUUUAUCAAAUCGACCUAAGCACCAGGUUGGUCAGGCUACCACAACUGUACAGUUCCACGAAGCGAUUUUGUUUGGUAUUCCUAUUUUCCGAAGAAGUAGGGAAAACGAUGACCACGAGUACCUGCUAUACAAAUGUAUGUAGAGAGGGCGCGCUUCUGAUCAGCGAAUCUCUAUUGUUUGCCACACGUACUAGUGGUACCUUUUCCUUCAUCUUCCUCUGCUUUAUUCCGACGAUGUAGAACUAGAAGAUGCUAUUGGACAUGUUCCUUUUUGUUUCCGAAAAACAAGCUGAAACUGUUCUGAAGAUCUUUUUCUAGUAGUCGAAGAGUAGAGUUUGAUUUUGACACUUGAUGUUUUACGGGAAACAAGAAGGACCGCUGUGAAUGAAGACAUUAGACAAUUGUAGUUGACUAUUGUAUUCUACCUACACGAAAAAUAGCACUUACCUAAAUUCUCGUCUCGCGGCGAAAAGGAAAAGUAGAAAGAAACAACUCAACAGUCUUCAACAUCCAGCGGUGCUUCUAUCAACCUAUAGUUCUGUCUGAUGCCGAUGCCAUUUUGCUGAUUGUCUUCUUCUACAGCACAAAUUGCAAACUACGAUGGUAUAUCUGCUUCCA